CUGUUUUUUAAACCAACGAGACCAACACCCCCCCGUGACCGUCGUUGCCUCGACCCUUCUUCGCCCCCCCGCAGCACACCAAAGCUGGGCCCUGAUUUGGACGAAGACGACGACAGGCGCACGAGGCGGGAAUCAGCAUGGCAUCAAGCAGCUCGCAUACACCCAGGGCUGUGCCCCCGCCCGAUGACUCGGACUUUCUCGAUAGCGAAGAUGAGCAUGACGAGGGCGUAAGCGUGACGAGGGACGAGCACGACGACGAAGACGCAGAGGUGGUUGCAUCGCAAUUCUCCAUUGCCUCCUCAGUGACAGGGGUUGAACCAAAGCCGGCCGUGGGCAUCUUUCAGAUGACGGACAACUUCAGCUUCACCUACUUCCCUGGCGCUCGAGCCCCGCGCGCUGAUCGGCUGAACGGAGCAGACGAAGGGCGACGAGCUGCGUCUUCAGCCCUCCUCGGCAGCCGAGAGCCGCAGCCAUUUGAGGAGAACAAGGAUGCCUCGGUGCCCCACAUUCACCCACAGGCAAUCGUCCAUUGGCUCAACAUCGACAAGGAGCUUAUAUACCUUAACUUCGCAGACGACUGGGGUCCUCUCAAUGUCGCCAUGUUCUACAGGUUUUGUCUGCACCUCCAUCACCUUAUCACGACGCACGAGGAGGAGCCAGGCUGGAGCUCAUCCAAACCAAGCUUCCACCUCGUCCUCUAUACCUCCAGUGAGCCGAGACCAAAGGCCAACGCCGCGCUUCUCGCAGCCAUGUACGCAAUGGUCUGUGGACAGAUGUCGCCCGCAGACGCCUUCUUCCCCAUCAGCAAGCUCGAAUUUGCUCCCUUCAGAGACGCGGGCUACGGCAGGGCCGAUUUCCAUCUCAGCAUCCAGGACAUCCUCUACGGCGUCUAUCGGGCGAUUCAGGAGGAGCUUCUGGACUUCCAAAAAUUCAACCUCGACGAGUACGAGACCUAUGAGCAAGUCGUCAAUGGCGACUGGAACUGGAUCACUCCCAAUAUCAUUGCUUUCGCCUCGCCCAACGACCGCGAAUACGUCUCAAGCUUGCGCAAUGGGGGCAAGCACAGCAAGAAGAUCAAGACGUCAUCGAGCGGCCUUACGCGCAAGCUGGAUCCGGCCUUCUCCAAGACGCUCAAAUACUUCAAGGAGCACAACAUCAAGCUCGUCGUCCGGCUAAACAACCCUCUCUACGAUGCCAGUGUCUUCAUCGACGAGGGUAUCGACCAUGUGGAAAUGUACUUUGACGAUGGCUCCAACCCCUGCGAGGAGAUUCUGCGCGACUUUAUCCAGAGGGCCGACGCCAUCAUCUCGUCUGGCGGCUCCAUUGCAGUGCACUGCAAGGCGGGUCUGGGAAGGACGGGCGUACUGAUUGGCGCAUAUCUGGCGUACAGGCACGGCUUCUCGGCGGCCGAAUCGAUUGGCUUCAUGCGCAUCAUGCGCCCCGGCUGCGUCGUGGGGCCCCAGCAGCACUUUAUGUACCAAGAGGUGCCCAACUGGAUUCGAUGGAGGCAGCAGGACGACAACCGCGUCGAGAUGCAACGGUUGCUGGAGAGGCAGAAGCGGGAGCUGCUCGGCAGCUUGAAGAGACCCAUUACGGCGGACGAAGAGGAGAGUGGAGGUACGGAUGUCGAGGUCGAUGUGGGCAUUGGCGACUCGAGAGAUGCAAAGAGGAGGCGGAAGUCGGAGGAGUCAAUGGCUGAGGCAGACCCUGCUACGCCGCGCAAGAGCAACAGUGGGGCAGUGGAGACCACGGAAGACGCGAAGACGUUGCCGCUCGUCAAGCCUACGCCGUGCGUCGGUCAGCCGAGAAAGAGCCCAAGCCCAAGCAGGAAGAGGCUCGCUCAGCGACAGGCUCCCGCGACGAUCGCAAGGAUGGGCUCAAGGUCACGACUGGUCAGCGGUAGUCGAGAAAAUGCUACCGCUGACGUCAUUGAUGAGAAUCACGAAGUUGAUGCACUGCCGUCGCGCGUGCUCGGUGAGGCUCGACAGGCCAACUUGCAGCCGAUUACAAACGGUAACGGCAUUGUCGAAGAGUCGACAUUCUCGAUGUUGGGCGAUCACGACCCAAGAGACGUCGCAAAGGUCACCUCUACGACACCGACUCGAGCUCCGGUUGAAAGGAAGCAGCAUCGACGGUCAAAGAGUGCCGUAGAAAGCAGUGACCUGUUCAUGGAAGGAUGGGUCAGUCCAACGCCGCCCAUCUCGAACUAUAUCCCGCAAACAUCGCCCCGUGCCUCAGCUCUUCCAUUAUCGCCACGGGCAAAUGUGGCCAGCAUCAUGGAUGACUGCCCUUCGACGCCAACGCGCGAGAGUGUUCUCAAGGUAGUCGCGCGAGCGAGCCCACAGAUCCGCGACAAGUAUGGGCUGCGGGACGCGGGAUCGCCUCAAUCGACACCGCGAGCCAAGUCGUCUGCGGCCAUGCCGUCAAGCUCGAGUGCAGAGAGUGGUGUGGAGAGCGCUACGGGUUCAGUGGAGCCCAUCAGUAUCGGCGCCAGCACCACGAGUGCGACGAGCCAGGAUGCCCCGGGGAGCGACGACCCGGACGCCGUUAUCCUGGAUGCAGCGGCCCCGAAAUAUUCCUCUCAUGCCUCCUCAUCGUCCUCUUCCUCCGCGACUUUUGCCGCAAGAAGGGCGGCGCUCAAAGACCAAGGCACGCGUCAACCGUCCACUUCCCGUCGCGUUGCUUCUUCUACUAAGAGCACGACAAGCUCGGCUGCCCCGGCUCGAAAGACUUCGUCGUCGUCCACCCGAAGCAUAAGCGGCUCCUCGGCCGUCAGUGGUAGUGCAAGUAGCAGAAGAGCUGCCAAUCAAUCGGCGUCUUCCUCCUCAUCGACGACGGCAACCUACUCGGGCCGACGAGUGACUCCGACCGCGUCUGCAGCACCUCUGACGAAUGCUCCGACAAUUUCCGCCGGUCGCGUCGCGCAAGCCCGGCAGCGUUUCCUUGCCCAGCGAAGCGCCAACGAGGUUGUUGAUUCAGCUUCGGGCGCGCCGCGGCCAAACUUGAAGAGGUCCAGACCGGAUCUGGCGAGCGCUAUCGACAAGGAGGACAGACCCCGGGCUGUCCCCUCGACGACGACGACCACAACGACAACCUCGUCGAUCACGAGGGUCGUCAGCCGAGCGGGCGGGACGGUGCCCCGUUUUGCGGCAGGGACAGCCAGUAGCUUGGCAAGGUCCAACAUCAAUGGUCUGGCCAGCGGUCCGGCUCCGGUCCAGUUCAAAGGGACAGCAGGACCUCCUCCGUCGUCUUCCUCGAGGACGAUGAUGCUGGGCAGGACGGUGCGACGGCGGCGGAGCAGCAUGGGCGAGGCAGAUGUGCCCAUGUGAUGCGAUUCCCUCGCAUCAAGACUCGACUCGCUCUCUUCUUCUUUUUUUUUUGCCUUUCUGUGUUGUACCAUUCAUCCAUUCAUCCAUGUAUGUUGUACGCUCAGCUUUCUCAUGACAGGACCUUCUCUAGCAUAAUCAUGUCUCUACCCAAUUCCUAGUCUCCAUCAUCAUCAUCAUCAAUAAUCAGUCAGUCAGUAGGAGAUUUGAAAAG